AUGAAGACCGCCGUUUCCGCUGUUCUUCUGCAGGCUCUGGCUGUGCAGGCCAUCCGCAUUAUUCAGUCAAACGAUGAUGGCUGGGCUGAAUCAUAUACCCGCUCCUUUUUCUCUGCCCUGACCAGCGCUGGCAACACUGUCUGCUUGUCGGCCCCCGCAGACAACAAAUCAGGCACUGGUGGCCUGGACAUCGACCCCGAGCCUCGCAGCAGUGCUUGUCAAUAUGAUAGCUGCCCGGCUAACAGCGGCGCAACUGGCAGCAACGCGACCCAGCCAGAGCUGAACUGGGUCAACUCCUUCCCUGCCACCUCGAUGCGGUACGGUAGGACCAAGACCUGCCCUGCCCUGUGGGACGGCGCCGCGCCAGAGCUUGCUGUUGCCGGCCCCAACGUUGGAUCCAACCUCUUCGCCGCAGUCCACUUCUCCGGCACCGUUGGCGCUGCGUGCGACGCUGCUAACGCUGGCAUCCCGGCCAUCGCAUUCUCUGGCGCGUCUGAGGACAGAGUUGCCUGGAACACUGUGCCCGUCCCCCACAGCGGCGAGGUGUACGCCGAGCUGGCCACCACCAUCACCAGCAAGAUCAUCGCCUCCGGAACCCCUUACCUGCCCGAGAACAUCUGGCUCAACGUCAACUUCCCCCAGGUCACCGACGAGUGCAACGCCGCCUCGGACUUCAAGUUUGUUUUGAGCCGGAUCAACCCUGGGAUCCUGAGCCCUCCGGAUGUUGAGCACUGCGGCUCGACACGACUCCCUCAGGAGCUGGAGGUCAUCAACGCGGGAGGAUGCCGUGUCUCCAUUAGUAUUGGUGACUCGAAGGACAAGACUACCGCGAACGAUGACCGACAGGACGCCGUCCUUGCGAAGCUGAAGGAUAUCUUGACUUGUCUGUAA